AUGAAGUUUCUUGAUUGGUACUUGAAGAUUGGGGUUGUCUCAGCCUUGGUUGGGGCUUCUAUGGAGGUGUUCAUGAUCAAAACUGGCUUCUAUGACAAAGUAACUGUUUUGGAGUCCGAAAAGCGUGCCUGGGAGAAUUCCCCGGAUGCUCAGGCAAUAAGAGAUGCUCUCAACCCCUGGAGACAUAUCGACGCAGAAGAAACAAAAAAGUCAUGA